AUGUCCGCCCAGAACAAGAUCGCCCCCAACAGCCCCUCGAGGGCCUCCCCCUCGGAGCUUGAGCAGAACAUUGCUCAGGCUCUGUACGACCUCGAGACGAACACCGCCGAUCUCAAGGUCGCUCUGCGCCCUCUGCAGUUCGUCUCCGCCCGUGAGAUCGAGGUUGGCCACGGCAAGAAGGCUAUUGUCAUCUUUGUCCCCGUCCCUUCCCUGCAGGGCUUCCACCGCGUCCAGCAGCGCCUCACCCGUGAGCUCGAGAAGAAGUUCUCCGACCGCCACGUCCUCUUCCUCGCCUCGCGCCGCAUCCUCCCCCGCCCCAAGCGCUCCAGCCGCUCCCGCAACACCCAGAAGCAGAAGCGCCCCCACAGCCGUACCCUCACCGCUGUCCACGACGCUAUCCUGUCCGACCUCGUCUACCCCGUCGAGAUCGUCGGCAAGCGUCUCCGCACCAAGGAGGACGGCAACAAGCUCCUCAAGGUUGUCCUUGACGAGAAGGAGCGUGGCGGUGUUGACUACCGCCUCGACACCUACGCCGAGGUCUACCGCAAGCUCACCGGCCGUGGUGUCAACUUCGAGUUCCCCCAGUCCGGCUCCACCGACUACUAA